UCACCAGGAAGCUGCGGUUCCGAACCAUGACUCAACUCCACGUAAAGCCUGUUUACAAGAAGGGAAACUCCCCUUUCUCGUUCAAGGGUCAGCACAUUUCAGGGAACAGGGAAGUGAAAUUAAACGGCUCUCCUGCCCGGGAUGAGCCAUGGCUGCUGCUGCAAAGGCAAGGCAAAGCCUCCAGGAUGAAGCUUCUUGUUCCAUCUGCCUGGAGUAUUUUAAUGAUCCAGUGACUAUAGACUGUGGGCACAAUUUCUGCCAAGCCUGCAUCACCCAGUGCUGGGAGGGAGCUGAUAAAGACGUCUCCUGCCCUCAAUGCAGAGCGACCUUUCCCCAGAGGAACCUCAGGCCUAACUGGCAGCUGGCCAACAUGGUAGAAAUAGCCAAGCAGCUACAUUUGCAAUCGACAAAAGAUGUCGGAGCCGGGAGAGCGUGCGAGAAACACCAGGAGGCUCUGAAACUCUUCUGUCAAGAGGAUCAGUCCCCCAUCUGCGUGGUGUGCGACAGGUCCAAGGAGCACAGGGCUCACACGGUGGUUCCUGCAGAGGAGGCCGUCCAGGAGUACAAGGGACAAAUUAGGAGUCGUUUGGAGAUGCUGAAGAAGGAGAUGGAAGGCAUUGCUGCACUGAAAUUGAAUGGGGAAAUAACAAGCGAGGAGCUGCUGCAACAGACGGAGAGCGAGAGGAAGAAGAUUCUGUCGGAAUUUGAGAAACUCCAUCUGUUUCUAGAGGAGAAAGAAUUGCUCCUAUUGGCCCAGCUGGAAGUACUGGACAAGGAGAUAUUGAAGAGGCAUGAUGAAUUCACCACCAGGCUCACCCAGGAGAGAUCUCGUCUCGGGACCCUGAUCAGUGAGAUGGAAGGGAAGUGCAGGCAGCCAGCAAGUGAAUUCCUGCAGGACAUCAGAAGCACUUUGAGCAGGUAUGAGACGGGGAAGUUUCAGAGUCCACCAUCCCUUCCUCUGGAACUGAAAAGGAGAGUCAAGGAAUUCUCUCAGAAGCACACAUUUCUGGAGCACACUCUGAGUAAAUUUAAAGAGAGACUGUCAUCUGAACCAAAGCUGGACAAAGCGAUUCUAUCUGGAAAGCAGUUGGACAAAGCCAACGUGACCCUGGAUCCAGACACGGCUCAUCCUCAUCUCAUCCUGUCUGAGGAUGGGAAAAGCGUGAAAUGGGGACCUGCACGGCAGGACGUGCCCAACAACUUCAGAAGAUUUGAUCCCGUUCCCUGUGUGCUGGGCUGUGAGGGGUUCACCUCGGGGAGACAUUGCUGGGAAGUGGAGGUGGACGGGAGCAGUUGGGCCGUGGGGGUGGCCAGAGAGUCUGUGACGAGAAAGGGAGGCGUCAGCUUGGAGCCAGAGGAGGGGAUCUGGGCUGUGGGGCAGCUGAACCCAAUUCAGUAUGUGGCUCUCACUUCUCCUUGGACAAGCCUGCCACCAGAUAGGAGACCCAGGAAGAUCUGGGUCACCCUGGACUACAAAAGGGGGCAGGUGGCAUUUUUCAACGCUGAGAACCACACUGAGAUCUUCACUUUCAUAGCAGUCGCUUUUGCUGGGAGAAUCUUCCCGUUCUGCUGGGUGGCAGACAAAAACUCCCAGGUCAGAAUCUGUCACUGAUCUGCGAGAUCAGGUAUCCUCUUCCCCGCACCUCCGGGGCCUGGAUCUGGCAUCUGCUCCGUAGAAUCUCCUGGUGGAAUUCUAGUCUGUCCGACCCAGCUUCUAACACUCGCUUCACAGCAGUAUCUGACUGCCCAUGCCACCUCCUACUGGAGCCCAGAGAGAGCCCAGUUUCUCUAACGCCGGCAGACAAUUCAUGGCACAGACAGUUCAUGACCCCCUAUACACUCCCCCUACUGCAGGAUCCCUCCUCGGAUGAGCAGGAGAGGAUCUUUUCUAAGAGGAGAGAGAUCAGAGGGAUUAGAGGUGGGGGAAACAAAGAGUAACUGGUGAGGAUGUUUAUAGAAGGAAAUAUGAGAGGAAAAUGUAUAGGAGGAAAAGAGAUGAGGGAGAAUAUAAACUCUUUGGAGCAGGGACUGUCUCUCGCUGUGUGUCUGUGCAGUGCCCGGCACAACGGGGCCCUGAUCUCAGCUGGGGCAGGGACUGUCUCUCGCUGUGUGUCUGUGCAGUGCCCGGCACAAUGGGGCCCUGAUCUCAGCUGGGGUUAUCCUCCGGGACGGCACCAGCGCAGCAAGCACGGGCCUGGGGCGGCAAGCCGGGGUGGGGGGCGGGGAGCGGCGUGCCGGUCACCGUGAGGGCAGCAGUCAGGCAGCCUUUGGCAGCGUUUCUGCGGGAGGUCUGCCAGUCCCGCGGCUUCGGCGGCGGGUACGCCGAAGGCGUGGGACCGGCAGAUCACCCGCAGAAAUGUCACCGAAGGCCACCUGACUGCCGUGCUUGGGGCGGCAAAAAACAUAGAGCCGCCCCUGGUUAUCCUAUAUAUGUAAUAGGCAAUGAUAGCUACACAAGAGACACUGAGAAUCAUUCAGAGGAUUCAUAGACUUGGGGUAAAAUUUUCAGAAGGGCCUAAAUCCCAUUUUCAAAGGAGAUGAGUGACUCUUGAGAACCCACGACUCAAUGAAAGUCGACGGGACUCUGGCUUCGAAAUCACUUCAGUGCUUUUGAAAAUAUGCCCCUCAUUGAACAUUAGGUGCCAUUCUAAGCACCCAUCCCUUUGCUACAUCAGCAGCGAUUUAAGUGGGGGUCUAUGCAGGCCCAUGGCUCCUCCCACAUAGACGGAGGAGUCACAGGAUGGGGCCCUUUCUUGGCUUCAGAAGGUGGAAAUUGCCAAAGGAUUGUCCCACGUUCCCUGGUUAAGUGAGAUCAACCGGCGGCUUUCUCCGUUGUCCUUACUGCUCAUGCAAAUGUUCAGCGUUCAAAGCCAACUUGUGUUUAUUUUAGAAUUCGCAUUUACCUAA